UCCUUCUCAUACAUACACAAUCUCCGCCCGACAUGGCCACCACCGACACCAUGCCCGCCGCCACUCCCGCAACCGUCGACAACACCGCCGCCCUCGGCGAGAAACCCAACAUCUCCCGCCCCGUCUCCCCUGCCUCCGUCGCCGACUCCUUCAAAUCCACCACCUCGCAGAAACCUCCCGGCGAAACACCCGCCAGCAGCGCAAAGACCACCACCGACAGCCUGCCAACCUGGACUCCACCCACCGACGGUCCUCAAAAGACCCCCAUCCCACACCCCUCCCCCACCUCCAAACCCUCCCCACAACCCACCCUCACCUCCGAACAACAACAAAAAUACACCGCCGUCCUCUCCGCCGUCUCAGAAUGGACCAACGUCCCCGCCACCACCGCCAAAAACGCCCCUUCCUCCCCCAUCACCGACCACGAACGCAUGUUCCUCACCCGCGAAUGCCUCCUCCGAUACCUCCGCGCCACAAAAUGGAACGUGCCUUCAGCCAUCAAACGUCUGCAAAGCACCAUUUCCUGGCGUCGCGAGUACGGCGCGGACACGUUCACUCACGACUACAUUUCUCCGGAAAACGAGACGGGAAAACAGGUACAAUUGGGUUUCGACAAAGAUCAGCGGCCGUGUCUGUACCUCAACCCGGGGAAUCAGAAUACGAAAAUGUCGGACCGCCAGAUUCAUCAUUUGUGUUAUAUGCUCGACUCGACGAUUGCCAUGAUGCCGCCGGGGGUGGAGAGCACGGCGUUGAUCAUCUCUUUUGGUGGGGCGAAGGCGGGUACCAUUCCGACUGUGGGACAGGCAAGAGCUGUAUUGAAUAUUCUACAAGGACAUAAUCCUGAGCGAUUGGGCAAAGCGUUGAUCUUGGAGACGCCGUGGUAUGUCAACACGUUCUUCAAGUUGAUUUCGGGAUUCAUCGAUCCCGUGACGAGGGAGAAGAUGAAGUUUAAUGAGGAUUGUAAGAUUUAUGUGCCGGAGGAGCAGUUGAUCAAGAGGGAGGGAGGGAAGUGUGACUUUGUGUAUGAGCAUGAGGUGUAUUGGCCGGCGUUUGGGAAAGUUGUGGCGGAGAGGAGGGAGGCGUAUAGGAAGAGGUGGGAGGAGGGUGGAAAGAGGAUUGGAGAGUUCGAGGCGUAUUUGAGGGGCGGGAAGGUGAAGUCUUUGAGGGAGACGGAGGAGGCGGAGAAAAAGGUUGAUGGGCAGGCGGCGGCAGUGGCGGAGGGUGUGGAGGCGUUGAAGGACAGGAAGCGCAAGCGAUACAUUGCUCGCCUGGUUGAGUCGGCGUUGACCGAUGGGAUAUAUCUGGCCGUCCUCAAGCUUCCAGGGCAUCACCAGACUGCUCUGGUCGUGAGACCGAUCGACAUGACGAUGAACUUCGGUCUCCAUCAGGGCGAUCUCACCAUGCCAGGGAGAGUGUGUGUUGCGGCACCCAUGGCCUUGGAUCUGCAAGCAGGCCGUGACGGGUCGAUGCCGGUGUCGCGAAGCAUCAUUGUGAUGGAACGAAUCAGCACGCAUGCGAAAUCGUAA